AUGCUUCAAUCCAGCUUUCGUCGCGUCCUGAAGCUACGUUUUACCCCACAAAGACUCACUUCGUUUUUUUGUUCCACUUCAUGCUCUCUCAGUCCGGGUCCUCAAAGCCAGACAAGCACACACAAUAAAAUACGAGACUGUAAUUCAAGUAACAUCCAGGAACCCGCUCGACGCGUGUUUCGAUCCCGCGUCAAUGGUCUUCUGCGUUCUAUAGACAGUCGCAUUCUCGCAAAGGGUCCCGACGAAGUAGAGACCUAUAUCCAUGACAAGAUUUCCGUGGCGAAAUUCGACAAUGUAUACCGCUCGACCAUGUUCAACCGACUCAUCCGUUUCUUGCUUGAAAGGGACCUUUUCAAGCUCGCUGUCUCGGUUUACGAGAGAAUGCUCCACGAGCAAUUUUUUCCAAGUCGUAGCAUUAGCUUGAAAAUAGCAGCUAUGACUGAAAUCGUGGAUGAUAUGGCCGAUGCUUUUGUCACUGCUCGCAACGUUGAUCUCUCUGCGUCCGCGAAUAUGGUUAGCGUCAUGGUAACAACAUGUAUGCGUGCGGGGCAAAUGAGCACGGCAGAACGUUGGCUCAAGAAGUAUGAGAGCGACUGCAUGGAGCAGGGCGUUGCCCCUGAUGCAGCUCCUUACGCGGGCAUACUGGAGACAUUGCAUGAAAUUCAACCAGAAAACUCCGCGGCCGUUCAGGCCACGUUGUACCGCAUGCGCUCAGAGGGUGUCACACCUGAUAUAUCAGUUUUCAACGCGCUUAUCCACUCCAGCCUCGCUCGUCGAGAAUACACCGAGGCCUUUGGGCUUUAUCACGCCAUCAUGGCCAACCGCUCUACUUCCCUCUUACCCAGUGACCUCACUUUCAAGAAGCUUUUCCAUGUAUCCAGAUUUUGGGGUCAUAAACGUUCACGGAAACACAAGCGCCCGGAUAAUGCUGUCCCUCCCCGCCAGUUGUUUCGGGAUAUGGUCCAGUGCCAUCUUCUGCGCACCGGGAAUGCUCCCCUGGCACGUUCUAAUAUAAUUUCAGUUUCAUGCCUACACCUCGCACUGCGGACGUUUAUGGCUCUCGAGGAUUACCCCGCUACUCUCAUGACGCUCCGCGCAUUCGACCAUUUUGGCUUCCAGCCGAACUUACAGACAUAUUUGAUCGUCAUCACUAGUCUUGUAUUACGAAUCAAGCAGGAGCUGGGACAUGUUUGCAGGACUGGCCAAUACCGCUUCGCAGAUUUCGUCAUGCACAUGAGACCUCGGGAGCCUCCAGACGUUGACUUGCUAGAGCGGAGGAUUCAGCAUGGAGAACCUGUGGUGGAAUUAUCUGGUCCCGCCUGCGUUGGCCCUGAAACAGUCUCACACCUCCUCACUCUCGGGGAGCCAACUGCUUCAUCCCGGUCUGAAACAGCUCAUGCAAGUCGCAAGCGAUUGCCCACAUCUGCCGUCCCCACUGUCGACAUGCUCAUGGGAGCUACACCUCUCUCACCAUUCCAAGAACUUUCGCUCGCACCGCUCGUGAGACUGUUGAGAAAAAUGACGUUUGUAAACCUUUUUAAGAAAGCUGCAGCGGGUAAAAGGGAGGGCUGGGAUUGGAAAGUGGCGGUGGGCCCCAUUUUGUCGAGCGCAAAAGAGGAGAUGUGGCGCGGCUUUGAGCUUCCUCCAGAGUCACGACCACUAACAAAGCGAAAGCGGAGAGGACAUAUCGGAGCUAAGAGGGGGCCGUUGCCGUCCUCGGCCUCGAGGAUUAGAAGGAUGGUUAAGAAACAGACCCUUCAGUCGAUGCAAGGACGUAGAACCGAAUGA